AAGAAUCCCAAGUAACAACAGUUAACUUCGUGUACUUCCGACUCCCAUAUUUAUUUACAAAGAGAAUUAUUUCAACAUCUUUCACUUGCUCGAUAGACGAUUAAAAUGAUAGUAACUGUUAUUGUGGUAAUUAUUUCCUUUGUUGGAGCAAGUAAACAUUGUCAAAGCGGUUACACAAAAUGUAGAGACGGGAUUCAAUGUUUUCCUUUAUACUCUCUCUGUGACGGACAUUACGUGCAUUGUUCGGAUGGCAGUGACGAAGACCCAGAAUUCUGUAGAGAACAAUCAUGUGAUGAUGGAUACACUAAAUGUAAAGAUGGCGUUCACUGUUUUGAAACAUCCGGUUUGUGUGACUCUACUGAUUGGUCGACGAUAUAUCAUUGCACUGAUCUGAGUGACGAGGAUCCAGAGUUCUGUAAAGUUAAAGAGUGUCAAACUGGCUACGCCAAGUGUAGGGAUGGCAUCCAUUGUUUUCCUCUGACCUCUCUCUGUGAUGGGCGUGUCACUUAUUGUUCUGAUGGCAGCGACGAAGAUGAAGAAUUUUGUAGAGAACAAUCCUGCGCUGAUGGAUACACUAAAUGUAAAGAUGGCGUUCACUGUUUUGAAACAUCCGGUUUGUGUGACUCUACUGAUUGGUCGACGAUAUAUCAUUGCACUGAUCUGAGUGACGAGGAUCCAGAUUUCUGUAAAGGUGAAACGUGUCUAACUGGCUACGCCAAGUGUAGGGAUGGCAUCCAUUGUUUCCCGCUGACCUCUCUCUGUGAUGGACGUUUCACUCAUUGUUCAGAUGGCAGCGACGAAGAUGAAGAAUUUUGUAGAGAACAAUCUUGCGCUGACGGUUAUACUAAAUGCAGAGACUAUAUUCAUUGUUUUCCAUUAACUGGUUUGUGUGACUAUUAUGGAGAGUAUACAAAUUAUCAUUGUAAAGAUUUGAGUGAUGAAGAUCCAGAAUUCUGUAAACGUAAACCAUGUGCUGAAGGUUAUACCAAAUGUAGAGAUGGAGUUCAUUGCCUCCCACUUACUGGACUUUGCGAUGGUUCCGUAGAUAACUGCCUGGACCUAAGCGAUGAAGAUCCGGAGUUUUGUUCAGAAGAUUGAUAUCGCAUACAAACGAGUCUAUAAUAAAUAUAUGAAUAUU